AUGCCUGGAGUUGAGAGCGCACCACGAACCCUCUACGACAAGGUCCUGGGCGACCACAUUGUCGACGAGAAGCUGGACGGCACCCUGCUGCUGUACAUUGACCGGCAUCUCGUCCACGAAGUCACCUCGCCGCAAGCCUUUGAGGGCCUGAAGAAUGCUGGCCGCAAGGUCCGGAGACCCGAUUGCACCCUCGCCACCACCGACCACAACAUCCCUACCUCGUCGCGGAAAACCUUGAAAGACAUCGCCAGCUUCAUCCAGGAGGACGACUCGCGCACCCAGUGCGUCACCCUCGAGGAAAAUGUCAAGGACUUUGGCAUCACAUACUUUGGCCUCGGCGACAAGCGCCAGGGCAUCGUCCACGUCAUCGGCCCCGAGCAGGGCUUCACCCUGCCCGGCACCACCGUCGUCUGCGGCGACAGCCACACCUCCACCCACGGUGCCUUUGGCGCCCUGGCUUUCGGCAUCGGCACCAGCGAGGUCGAACACGUGCUCGCCACCCAGUGCCUGAUCACCAAGCGCAGCAAGAACAUGCGUGUCCAGGUCGACGGCGAGCUGGCCCCCGGCGUCAGCUCCAAGGACAUUGUCCUGCACGUCAUUGGCAAGAUCGGCACGGCUGGCGGCACAGGCGCCGUCAUCGAAUUCGCCGGAUCUGUGAUCCGCGGUCUGUCCAUGGAGGCCCGCAUGUCCAUCUGCAACAUGUCCAUUGAGGGCGGCGCCCGCGCCGGCAUGGUCGCGCCGGACGAGAUCACGUUCGAGUACCUCAAGGGCCGCCCUCUGGCGCCCCUGUUUGGGUCGGACGAGUGGAACCGCGCCACCGCGUACUGGAAGAGCCUGCAGUCCGACCCGGGCGCCAAGUACGACAUUGACGUCUUUAUCGACGGCAAGGACAUCAUCCCCACCGUCACCUGGGGCACCAGCCCCGAGGACGUCGUCCCCAUCAACGGCGUCGUUCCCGACCCGGAGACGUUUGCCAGCGAGUCCAAGAAGGCCUCCGGCCGGCGCAUGCUCGAGUACAUGGGCCUGACCGCCGGCACCCGCAUGGAGGACAUUGCCAUUGACAAGGUGUUUAUUGGCUCGUGCACCAACUCGCGCAUUGAGGAUCUGCGCGCCGCCGCCAAUGUCGUCAAGGGCCGCAAGAUUGCCCCCAACGUCAAGCGCGCCAUGGUGGUGCCCGGCUCCGGCCUCGUCAAGACCCAGGCCGAGGAGGAGGGCCUGAACAAGAUCUUCCUCGACGCCGGCUUCGAGUGGCGCGAGGCCGGCUGCAGCAUGUGCCUGGGCAUGAACCCGGACAUCCUGUCGCCCAAGGAGCGCUGCGCCAGCACGAGCAACCGCAACUUUGAGGGCCGCCAGGGCUCCGGUGGCCGCACCCACCUAAUGAGCCCCGUUAUGGCUGCUGCCGCCGCCAUUGUCGGCAAGCUGGCCGAUGUCCGGAAACUGACGCAGUACACGGCCAGCCCGCACAUUGACGCGUUCCGCGCCAACACCCUGUCGACCGGGUCCUCGACGGGCAAGCCCCACGUCGACGAGCGCGUCGACGAGGACGACGCCGAGAAGGAGCAGAUUGGCGAUCAGCCCGAAGACAACGCGCCCCACACCAACACGUCGGUCGCCGGCCACGGCAGCUCGGCGGGCCUGCCGACGUUCACGGUGCACCGCGGUAUCACAGCCGUCAUGGAACGCACCAACGUCGACACGGACGCGAUUAUCCCCAAGCAGUUCCUCAAGACGAUCAAGCGCACCGGGCUGGGCAAGGCGCUCUUCAACGACUGGCGCUACCUGCCGGACGGCUCCGAGAACCCCGACUUUGAGCUCAACAAGGAGCCGUACCGCAACGCCAAGAUCCUGGUCGUCACCGGCGCCAACUUUGGCUGCGGCAGCUCGCGCGAGCACGCGCCCUGGGCGCUCAACGAUUUCGGCAUCCGCAGCGUCAUCGCGCCCUCGUUUGCCGACAUCUUCUUCAACAACUCGUUCAAGAACGGCAUGCUCAUGAUUCCCAUCCAGAACCCGGCCGACCUCGAGGCCAUUGCCGUCGAGGGCCGCGCGGGCCGCGAGGUCGAGAUCGACCUGCCCAACCAGCUCAUCAAGACGGCCGACGGCACGACGAUUUGCGGCUUUGACGUCGAGGAGUUCCGCAAGCACUGCCUGGUCAACGGCCUCGACGACAUUGGCCUGACGAUGCAGCUGGACGACAAGAUUGCCGCCUUUGAGAAGAAGAUGACGCGCAACACGCCCUGGCUCGACGGCAAGGCGUACCUGAAGCGCGGUCGCAACGGCCAGCUGCUGGCCAAGGCGGCGCCGGUGCCAAAAACGAACCGCGGCGAGGAGCUGAAGGAGCCUCUGGAGUGGUAA